ACCCGGCAAUGGAUGGAAAUAUACACCUCAAAAUCAUUUGAAAAUCCCUUACAGUUUUAAUUUCUACUUACUUGUGAGUAAUGAAUGUUUCAGUUAAAAAUAUCUCACAGUUGYUAUUUGAUGAAGUGCGUCUUUGCAAACAGAAAAAUGGCCACAUUUCAGACGAGCUGCUGUCUGCAUUGCAUUUCAUCUUUGGCCAGUCAUUACUUCAUUCACUUGACCUGAURGACAAGCAUAACAUUACAAAGCUUGUUUCUCCUAGCAGUCGUGCUAUWUACCAGGUUGUUGGAAGUUCAGGACAGACUUACACCUGUUUGUUAAAUGGCAGUUUUUGCACUUGCCCUUCUUACACAUACACAGUUCUUGUCAAAAUGGAUUCAGUUAUGUGUAAACACCUUUUGGCUGUAAAUAUGGCAGAAGCUCUUGGUAACGUCAAAGAAAGACAAGUUUCUAAUGAGAGUAUUGUUGCAUAUCUUAGCUAUGAUUGCUGAAGUCUCUCUACCAAUCUACAAUGCAUG